AGGAAAGAUCAGGCUCGCUGCUUGGGACUUUCUUAUAUACGCCCUUGUCAAGCUAGAAUCUAGAUAGCGUAUAGAAUUAAGUCCCUUAAUUAUAGCCAUUGUCAUAUGCAUUUGGGUAGACAAGGCAAGAGACUUGGAGAGAGAGAGAGAGAGAGAGAGGUGCUGCAAUAUAUAUAUAGGAAAGAGGCUCGCUGCUUGGGACCCUAUAUACAGACACAGUCCUCUGAUCUCCGUCCUCAGACUGGAAAAGGAUAAAUUUACUGCAAGGGCUUCAAACAUGAAAAACGAUGUUGAACAGGCAAGGGCAUCAAACAUGGAAGACGAUGAGUCAAGUGCUCCAAACAAGGGAAAAGGUAUUGAUGUAGGAAGUGAUUCAGACAUUGAUAAGGAUAUUAACAACUUAAGUGGUUCAAACAAAGGAAAGGAUACAGCAAGUACCUCAAGUAUUUCAAACCCGGAACUCAAAAUUGAGAUGACUAGCAAGAUUUUGGCACAGCUGCAUAAUAAGAUGGAAGGGCUGACCUCUCAACAGGACCGGGCUGAUUGCUGUAUAUAUAGGGUGCCCAAAUCGCUUCGAAGCGUAAAUAGGAAAGCCUACACUCCACUACUGAUUUCAAUAGGUCCUCUUCACCGCGAGACUAAAAGAAUAGAGGCCAUGCAAAAUCAUAAAUGGAGAUGUUUCAAAGAGUUUACUGAACAGGAUGGGAUGAAUGAGGACAAAAUUAGGGAUCUUGUGAUCAGCAUUCAGAAUAAAGAAAAGCAUAUCCGAGUCUGUUAUUCAGAGAAUUUCAACCGAAUCAGUAGCUGUGAUUUCAUAGAGAUGAUCCUGCUGGAUGCUGUCUUCGUCAUUAAGUUUUUGAACGAGUAUAAACAGCCUAAGCAUUUUGAGCCCAGGAUGUUGUUUGACAUACGAGAAGACUUGAUUCUACUUGAAAACCAACUACCUGUCUCCAUCAUUUGGGAUAUAUAUCAUGAGAUCAAUCGCGAUCUCCGAGAUACAACAUCGGAAGAUGCAACAUGGGAAUCUUUUCUUGAUCUUGUUAGCUAUGCUUUUGGAAAGCACGCAGGCGAUAUUGCUACGUUUCAUUUUGAAAAGCACAAGUUUUCACAAGUGGCGGAAACCAAACAGAGUGUAAAGGGAAGCAAGCAUUUCACUGAUUUACUAAGGAGUUUUAUGCAGAAGGGAUCUAUUGAACGACGUUAUAGUUUUAAUCCUAUCAAGCUGAAAUAUAGUGCGGUCAUGCUUCGCAAGGCAGGAGUGAAGUUUCAGGUCACCCAAGACAAAUGCUUGGUCAACAUAAAAUUUGAGAAAGGAGUGUUGAAAAUACCACAGUUGGAAGUUGAUCACAGCUUCGAACGUCUUGUACGAAAUAUCAUGGCCUUGGAGCAGUGCUGCUACCCGUCUCAAGCUUACGUAUGCAGUUAUAUAAAGUUUAUGGACCAUCUCAUCGACAGUGCAGAAGACGUGGGUUUGCUAGUCCGAAAGGGAAUCAUUCUCCACUGGCUAGGUGACGAUGCCGCAGUUUCAAAUAUGAUUAACAAGUUUUGCGAAAAUAUUGGUGACAAUUACAGUUGUUUUGGUCGUAUCUCUCGAAAGAUAAAUUCCCACUAUGAGAGCCGCUUUAACCAUACGAAAGCAACCUUGAAACUUAUAUAUUUCGCCAAUAUUUGGAGAGGUACGGCAACUGUUGCAGCAGCUAUCCUGCUGAUCCUCACUUUCAUACAGACUAUAAGUUCCGUAAAAUCGUUAUUCUAGGAUUUUAUCUUGUUUAGUUUCGUUGCUCCUAUGUAAUAAUGGAUUGGAUUGUUAUUGUUAAUUGCCUUUGAAAAAUGUUGUUAAAUUU